AUGGUAGCUUGGACGCGUUUCAAGUUGCUCCUGGCCAUGGUCACCACUCUGGUGGCCAUGGCUGCUGCUGCGGCUGAAUGCCAAUACAUCGAGUCGAUCUCCCUUCUGGACCCCCACACCGGGGAGCAAUACCAGAUUGGUGAGGUCAAUGUUUUGCCUCGCGCCUUGUUUGGUCGUGCUGUUCACGCUUCUGACCUGAUCACUGUUACUAUCACCCAUACGACCUGCGGUCACGAGGAACCGACCACAACUGUCACCACAGAUGUUCCCUGCACCACUGACCAUUCAACCACACUCGAGUCCACUACUCCAGUCCCUGCUCAGGUCACUACCCCUGUGCCUGUCUUGUCUCAGUCUACUGUGCCUGUUACCUCCUCGAUCACGGUGCCUGUUCCCACUCAGACUUCUGUGUCCAGCGUCCCCGAGGUGUCUUCUCAGUCGACUGCACCGGUUUCCUCUCAGACUCCUGUGGCCAGCACUCCUGAGGCGACCACUCAGUCAUCUGUACCUGCUGGUCCUCAGAGUCCUGUUCCCGGAACUACUCAAGUGAGCACAAAGUCUUCUGCACCAGGCACAACACAAACUCCUGCGCCUGGCACCACUUUGGUGACCUCGCAGUCUUCAGUGCCCGGAACUACUCGGACCCCAGUGCCCAGUACUACCGAGGUGCCCACUGGAAGCGGCUCGGUAACCAAUACCACUGGAUCCUCUGCCACUGUCACCGAGUCAGUUUCUUCAUCUGCUCCUAACUCUACCAGCUUGGCUCCUGUUCCUGCCACCACUGCUGAGGACCACACCACUUCCACAGUUUCCGGUACUGUUACUGAGGUGACAACAAGUCCCAAUCCUACCGGUGUGGCUCCUGUUCCUGGUACCACCGAGAUUCCUGGAACUGCUUCUGAAGUAACUACUGGGUCCAUUAUAUCUUCUCGUCCUACCAAGGUUGUUCCUGUCCCCGGUACUACUGGAAUUAGUUACACAAACUCAACUGUUCUCCUGGCUCCUAGCACUGUGACUGAUGUGACCACUUUUUACACUACGUCUCCUUGCUUCAACUCAACUGAGCUGGCUCCUGCUCCAGUGACCACUGAAAUCACUAUCACCGUCGAGGUUCCUUGCACCGAGACCACCAAGUGUGUCAGCACCAAGGUGCUUACCACCACCACCCUGCCAGUUUCAGAGACAACUGCUCCGGCUCUUGCUCCAAAUGCCACUACAACCACUGAGAUCAAGUCGACAGUUCCCGUUACUGUUCCUGUCCCGGUUGCCACUGAAGAGGUCACUGUCACGGUUGAGAUCCCUUGCACUGAGACCACCAAAUGCAUCAGCACCAGGGUGUACACCACCACCACCCCGGUGGAGACUACCACAAUCUCUGUGACCCCAAUUCCGGUUACAGUUCCUGCUGCACAGACCAUCACUGAGGUAGUGACCACUGUGGUCCAGCCGACUGUUCCUGGUGCCCCUCUGCAGGAAACAACCAAGGUUGUGACGACUGUUGUUCAGCCCACUGCUCCCGUCCCCAUUCCACAGGAGACCACCAAGGUUGUGACCACGGUUAUCCAGCCCACUGUCCCUGGUGUCCUUCCACAGACGACUACCUUGGUUGUAACCACUGUUGUUCAGCCCACUGCUCCCGUCCCCAUUCCACAGGAUACCACCAAAGUUGUGACCACGGUUAUCCAGCCCACUGCCCCUGGUGCCCUUCCACAGACAACUACCUCGGUUAUAACUACUGUGGUUCAGCCAACUGUUCCUGCUCCAGUUCCGCAGGCUCCCACCCACACGGUGACUACCGAGAUCGUGCCGACUGAGUUGGUCCCACUCCCACACGCCACCACUGUGGAGGCUACCACUCUGGUCAAGGUUCCUGUUCCUCCUGCUCAGCAGGGUACCACAACCGAAUCCAAGGUUUCGGUUGUGCCUCCGCAACAGCCUAGCCACACCCAGGAGGAUACUGUCCCACCAUCUCCUCGUGGCACUUCUUCCAGUGGCACUCACAGCCCCUCUCCUGUUUUCAACAGUGCUAAUGUCGCUGGAAUCAUGGACAGCCGUCUCUUUACCAUGAGCUUUUUGAUUAUGCUCUCUCACAUCAUCCACUGGAUUCAGUGA